CCGGUGCUGCCUGAAAGCGCUGCGAGACGUCGUGCUGCAGCCGAACUGGAAAUUACUAGCAUACGAGCAGCGUUUGAAUGCAGCUUGAAACCCACAUGGCUAAUGAACUACAACACGGUCUGCUUGUGUCCUCAUUGGUCCGCAGGUGAUUUACAAACAAGAUUGGCUUGUAAGUAGCUUUUGCAGACAGGUAGACAUUGCAGGAAAGUAGGAGAGCCUCCGUCACUUCUUCUGACCGACGACGAGGUGUUGAAACGAGGAAAUAAUGACACAGAGAGCUGUCACUUUGAUUUAAAGCGUGCCCGAGGCUUCAGCAGACAUGGUGGAGGUGUUUACCGGGCGGACACUGGUGAAUAAAGACGGGGAUUUGGUGGAUCCCGAUGAGGCGUUGAGGAACAAAGUGGUGGGGAUCUACUUUUCUGCAGGAUGGUGUCCGCCGUGUCGCGACUUCACACCCAUCCUGUGUGAUUUCUACACGGAGCUGGUGGAGGAGAGCGACCCUCCGGCUCAGUUUGAGAUAGUUUUCGUCUCCUCCGACAAGUCGACCGAUGACAUGGUCGAAUAUUAUCACGACAUGCACGGAGACUGGCUGGCUCUGCCCUGGACGGAUGACUACAAGCACGAGCUGAAGCAGCGCUACAAGAUCACAGCGGUGCCCAAACUGGUGAUCGUGAAGGAGAACGGCGACGUGAUCACGGAGAAGGGCAGGAAACAGAUCAGAGACCGAGGCCUGGCGUGCUUCAGGUCCUGGCUGGACGCUGCAGAAAUCUUCCAGAACUUUAAGGGUUAGCAAACAACGACGAGGAACACGUCGACACUUCCUUUUCACGAGGGUUUCUGCAGCCACGAUAGAGAUUUGAACAAAACCAAACAAAAAAAAUAUUUCAACGUUGACUUUAGCUCAGAACAUGGGGGAGAAGAGACAGCAGUUGAUUUAAGGGAUAUGAAAGAGUAAAUUACAUUUCUGUUACACAACGUUGGUUUAUUUAUUCAGAUUUAACAUUAUUUAUUUGCUUUUUUUUUUCCUGUCAAAGACUGAAUAUAUUUGACUUCUUAAGCACUCUAAAAAUCCGUUGAAUGAAACAAUGUGAGAAGGAAAAAUCUAACUUUGGUUGUGUUGCUCACAAGUCAUGCUUUAACGAGGGGUUUACAAGUAGAUACGGAUUUGUUUUAAGGGUUCACAAGCCAAAAAGGUUAAGAAACACUUCUUUAAACAUCCUAUGCAUUAAAGACAAACCUCAGGCAUAUCCACUUUGGUUCAUAUGUGAAAAAUGAUUUGCAUUUUAGAAAAUUGUGUGUUUUGUUUGAAUAAUACAAGCCAGCUACUGUAGUUUCUUUAGAAAUACAUUCAUACAUUCUUUAUAAGCUUGUGCACUUACUACACAUACAGUUAAACCUUUGCUUUUAUUAAGUAGAUCUCUUAAUAUGCUGUUCUAUAUUUAAGGUUUGACGUGUAGUUCUACUUUGAGCUGCCUAUAUAUUUUUGUAUCUUUUAUUUUAUAUGAGUUGUU